AUGCCUCAAGUCGCUCACUUCCCCACCAAUGACAGCCAGCUGGCCCACACGGCCACUGACCGUGCCGGCGAUACUUCCUCAGACUCAUCCAACGCCAAGGCUGAAGCCUAUGGCGAUGAACAUGUCGCGCGGAGCAACAUCAACGAAAAGCAAGCGCCAAUCCCUUCAACGCAGGGUCGAGUACUGGACGAUGGCAGAAUCGAAAUCACCGAGGAGGAUUGUUACGACGAGCUCGGCUUCAGCUUUCCAUCAUGGAAGAAGUGGACCAUCCUAUCCAUCAUUUUUGCCGUCCAAGUAUCUAUGAACUUCAACACCAGUCUAUACUCCAAUGCCAUCAAGGGUAUCUCGAAAGAGUUCGACGUCAGCGUACAGGGCGCUCGAUGCGGUGCCAUGAUUUUCCUCGUUCUAUACGCUUUCGGUUGUGAGCUCUGGGCACCGUGGUCCGAAGAGUUCGGACGCAAGCCGAUUUUACAACUCAGUUUGCUCUUGGUCAAUAUUUGGCAGCUACCUGUCGCUCUGGCACCCAACUUUACCUCCGUCAUGGUCGGUCGAGCUCUUGGCGGUCUUUCUUCCGCCGGAGGUUCCGUCACCUUAGGAAUGAUUGCAGAUAUGUGGGAAUCGGACAACCAGCAGUAUGCUGUCGCCUUUGUCGUCUUCUCAUCUGUUGGUGGUUCAGUCCUCGGCCCCGUCGUGGGUGGAUUCUCCGAGAAAUUCCUCGACUGGCGCUGGAGUAUUUGGAUCCAACUGAUCUUCGGCGGCGCCGUUCAACUCGCUCACCUGAUCUUCGUCCCCGAGACCAGAGUUACCAUCAUGAUGGACAGGAUCGCCAAGAAGCGACGCAAGGACGGCACAAACCCCAACCUCUACGGGCCCAAUGAAAUUACGCCCUUCAAGGAGCGAUUCUCUUUCAAAGAGGUCAUCAUCACCUGGAUCCGUCCCUUCAAAAUGUUUCUCACCGAACCCAUCGUCCUCACCCUCUCCCUCCUCUCCGGAUUCAGCGAUGCCCUCAUCUUCAUGUUCAUCCAAUCCUUCUCCCUCGUCUACACCCAAUAUAAUUGGGGUACCAUCGCCCAGGGUCUCUCCUUCAUCCCAAUCUUAGUCGGCUACCUGCUCGCUUACCUUAUGUUCAUCCCAGCCAUCCGGCGAAACAAGAAAGACCGCGAACAACACCCUGAUGAUGAAAAAUCUCAGUACGAGUCCCGACUUUGGUGGCUCCUCUUCACAGCACCCUGCCUCCCAAUCGGCCUCAUCGGAUUCGCAUGGUGCUCCGGAGGUCCACCUAUACCAUGGAUUGCAUCUAGCAUCUUCGCCGCCGUCGUGGGUAUCGCAAACUACAGCAUUUACAUGGCAACCAUUGAUUACAUGAUUUGCGCUUACGGUCCUUACUCCGCAUCCGCUACUGGUGGAAAUGGCUGGUCUCGUGAUUUCCUUGCUGGUGUACUCACGAUCCCCGCGACGCCCUUCUUUACGAACAUCGGUGGAAAGCAACAUCUACAAAUCGCCUCUACAAUCCUCUUCGCCAUCUCCUUCGUGCUCGUCCUCGCCGUCUACGCUAUCUACUGGUACGGUCCCACCCUGAGAUCACGCUCGCCAUUCGCGCAGCAGCUUCAACAAGGGAGAGAAGAGAAUGGUGGCAGGAGGGUCUCGGUGAUCCCUGGUCCUGGUUACGGAUCCCAGCCUGGGUCGAGGGGACACAGUGCAGCGAACAGCAGGAUGGGAAGCAGGCAGCCUAGUUAUGCCCAUUCGAAGCCUGCGGCACCGGGUAUGGGGAACAGGGACAGCAGCUAUGUGCACAAAAGACUUGCAAAGAUGAAGAAUGAACAGGAGGCCCUUUAA